AUGGAUGAUCUUCAAAAUACUGUUGCCUUAAUGGCAACAAAAUUAUCUGUACAUAAUAAUUCAAAGCCAUUAACCAGUACAGAAACUGUUACUGUUCGCUGCCGUCAUGUUAUCAAACAAAUUCCUAGACGUUAUGUUACAGCUUACAUCUUAUCAUUAGCACAAAAACAAUGCUUAAACCUUGAAAAGGAGAGUUUUUCAUUUUUGAGUUACGUCCCAGAAGUAUGGACAAAUUUAAUGGAUAUUUUACGAUCUAUGAAUACUGAUAACUAUGAUUUUGGUUAUAUACAAGCCAUCACAUUGGAAACACUUAAAAAAGCAAUUAAAUUAUGUCAUGAUACAAUUGAUAAAACUGUCUGUGAAUACUUUUAUUCACGGGCUUCAUUGAAUUCACUCAACUUGAUAUUGGAUACACAUUCAAUUGUCAAUAGACGAAGACGUCAAGAAGAUCGUUGGUUCGCUGUAGCUGAUCUGUUAUCUUAUGUACCUUUACAGCAUAAAAGUAAUACUGACCAAUCACUUUUCAAUAAAUUUUCACCAAUCACUGCAUUUGGUAUUUUCGAUGGUCAUAAUGGUCCUGAAGUGGCUGAGCAUUGUUCUCAUCUUACACCAUAUCUGCUUAGUUUAGAAUUACAACGACAUAUUCUCUCCUCUGGUAUACAUUGUAACUAUUCUAAGUCUAUACCAGAUAUAUUGGCUGAAGUCUUUCAUCGAUUGAAUCAAUCAGCUAACAAUGGAAGAGCACAAAAGUGUUGGAAUUCUGGUACAACAGCAACAGUGUGUACAUUUGCUGGUGAUACUAUUUGUACAGCAUGGGUUGGGGAUUCACAAGCUUGGCUUGUUUUCCCUUGUACAAAUGAUAAUAAUGAGGCUGUACGAAAAUUACUAUCCAACAUCAAUUGUUGUUGUUCACGCAAUGGUAUCCAGAAUAAUAAAUUGUAUCAUACUACUAGUUUUCAUGAACCAGAACGUAUGACUGUUCUUAUGGAAAUCCCGUCAACAGACAGAAACUCAGAUAGUAAUAAUAAUAAUAAUAAUAACCCACGUGUUAUCAAGUCAACAUCCUUGAAUAUUAUGACUGAUCAUGUAUCAUUGUGUAAUGGUAAUAUACCAACUAGUCAAAGUUCACCAAUCAUUGAACGGCAUCAGAAACACUCUCAGUCAUCACUAGCAACAACAGCAGCAAUGCUAAUAAAACAAUCUAAAGAUGAUGGAACAUUAGUCCAUCAAGAGAAUCCAACAAUUCAUUCUACUUUAGAGAUGAAUGGACCCUUGGGUAUACCAUUGACCGAUUGUAUCCAUCGUCCAGAAUCACCUUCUGAAUUUGUUUCUGUCCUAAGAAUUGGUGGUUCAAUAUCUACUGAAAUUGGUUCAGAGAAUAGUUCAUCUAUAGAAAAUGAAAUUUUUUUUUCACAUACACCUAAAGGUUCUUUGACAAAUUUAACUAUUGUACAUGAUGUAAAAGAUAAUUUUUCCAAUCAUAAUUGUUAUAAUAAACGUGUUUCUAUUCCACCAUUGAAUAAUCCAGGAUUAAUUGAUUGUCGUGUAGGUUGUUUAUCUUCAGUUAGUCGAUCAAUUGGUGAUAAUGAAACAGUAAUUGGUUUAAAUGCUUUACCAUCAAUUACAUUAUGGUCAGUUAAACAAUCUUAUUUGAAUAAUUCAAUAACAAUGCCAUUAUGUUUAAUUAUAGCAAGUGAUGGUUUAUGGGAUGUACCAGGAUGUUCUGGUCCAGAGAUAUCUUUAUUAGCUUGGUAUUGGUAUAAAGAACAUAUUGAUGAAAGAAAAGAAUGUUUAAAUUAUAAUUCUUUCUCUGAAUUUUUAAUCAAUUUAGCUAUACAAAAUGGUGGAUCAGAUAAUAUUACAUGUAAUGUAAUAUGGUUACAUAAAUGGAAACCAACCAAUUUAAAAGGUUGGAAUAUUGACUAUCCUAUAUCAUCAUCUAGAAUUAGAUGGCCAAGACAUUCACGUGUUACAUCAUUAAUCAACUUGAACUCUUCUAAUGAUAUUUUAUUCAGAGGUCCAAGUGAUUAUAUUUAUUCACAAAUGAAUCAAUCAAUCAAUGAAAAUUACUCCAAGUUGAAAAGAUCAUCAUCAUUCAAUAAUAAUAUAUCUAAUCAUUAUAAUUCAUUGACACCACGUUACUCCAGUCCACCACGUGAUAUAAUCUAUGAUUCAUAUUUAUAA